AUGUCUUUCUCGUAUCUCAAGUUCGAUCCUCCCGGAAAAGACAUACCUUCACAGGGAUACUCUUCAGAGUUCGUUUCGAAAGCUAUGGCGCGUCUGGUCAAACCCAUCGAUCCCGAUGAUCCUGAACAGUACCCCACUGACUUGACCAUCAUCUGCGGUUCCCUCAAAGUCGAAGCGCACAGCCAUGUGCUCUGCCAAGACUCGUCUUAUUUCAAAGUAGUGUGCAAGGGCGGCUUCUUGGAAGAGCAAACGCAAAAACUUGAGCUCCCCGCAGAAGAAGAGUUCUUGAUACGUCGCCUCUUGUGUUACCGCUACACAACCGGAUACAAUGACGAAUCUUACGACGAUGAGAAAGACCCACCUCCGCACAUCGUGGCCCCGACCUACGUCAACCGGUUGUACUUGAAUGCUCAAAUGUACAGCACAGCCGACAAGUAUGACAUACCCAGCUUGAAGCAGAAAGCGGCCGAGAAAUUCGAUGCUGCGAUACGGGAGAUACAUGCACACGAGAUGAUGAAUCCCUACGCUGGCGUCAGCCUCGUCGACGAGAUCAUCGAAGCGAUCCCCCAUAUCUACGAUUCAACACCGGACGGAGACCGCCGUCUACGCGAUCGAGCGGUUCGAGUUGCGAUUUGUAAACGGAGAGAUUUUGAGAACCAUCCGUGUCUGCGAGAUCUAAUGGCGGCGGUGCCGGAGUUUUUCGAGGACAUUCGCGUCUAA